CAGGCCCCGCCCCGCCGCCCGGCGACUCUCACGCGCUGGAGUCAAGAUGGAGGAGUACGCGCGGGAGCCCUGCCCCUGGCGCAUCGUGGAUGACUGUGGCGGGGCCUUCACCAUGGGCACCAUCGGGGGCGGAGUCUUCCAGGCGAUCAAAGGCUUCCGCAAUUCUCCAGUGGGCGUCAGCCACAGGCUGCGAGGGAGCCUGACAGCCGUGAAGACCCGGGCCCCACAGCUGGGAGGGAGCUUCGCUGUCUGGGGCGGCCUGUUCUCCAUGAUCGACUGCAGCCUGGUUCAGGUGCGGGGCAAGGAGGACCCCUGGAACUCCAUCGCCAGCGGGGCCCUCACAGGAGCCGUUCUGGCCGCCAGAAACGGACCGGUGGCCAUGGUCGGCUCGGCCGCGAUGGGCGGCAUCCUCCUGGCUCUCAUCGAAGGGGCCGGCAUCUUGCUCACGAGGUUUGCCUCCGCGCAGUUCCCCAACGGCCCGCAGUUUGCCGAAGACCCGUCCCAGCUCCCCUCGGCCCCGCUGCCCCCCUCGCCCUUCGGGGACUACCGGCAGUACCAGUAGGCGCCUCCGAGGGGCGCUGGAGUUCCUGUCACCGUGGGCGGGAUGACCGAGGCCAACAGGCCACACAGAGACAUUUAGCACUUUUUCUAUUUGGAGGAGCAUGGGGCGGGGCCGUAGGAGGCCGCCGUGUAUUUAUUCACCCGAGGACUGCAUCCGCGGUCAGAGCGAGGUCGGCGUCCUCACCGGUGACUCGGUGCCGAGGAGACGCAGGCCGCGGGGCAGACGUGGGCCUGGCCACCCUCACCGGGGGCCCCGCCUGCUUUCGUGUUCUGCGGGCCGAACAAUAAAACUCCUGGAACUCGCUCCUUUUAAGAUGA